AUGGCAAUAUAUCGGGUGUUUUCGGACGCCGACGGCGAGAGCCACAUCGAGGACCUCAAGCUGGAGGAUCACCCUGAGCUGGGGGUGUUGAUCAACGUGUCCGAGGUGCGUGUGCAGGAGUUUGACGGGUCGCGCCACCGGGACUUUAAUCCCCUGCCCGAGCGCAGACUGAUUAUCCACCUGUCCGGUGAGGUGGAGAUCGGCGCCAGCGACGGCGCUAAACGGGUGCUGAGAGCUGGGGAUAUCCGGCUGAUGGAGGACGUCACUGGCAAGGGCCAUUCGCACGACGACCUGACUCCAUCGGCCGCGGUCUACGUCCUGCUAAACGACUGA